AUUGUCUACUGCUUCUUACACAAAGCUGCAGUCUGCUAUGAUCUCUCCCCUUCAAGGCGUUCACUGGCAAUUCUAAUCAGGGCUUAGGGCAAAUCAGACAUACGGAGCUCGGGAGUAUGAUCAUUCUACCCCACUAGCAAAUUUGAUCCCGCCCUACAGUAUAUCACUUCACUCUCAAUCCUCAAACCAACUUAUAAGCAUCCAAAAUGAGUGACUUAAGAAUCGUGAACGGAAAAGUCCUGACUAACACCGAAGUUCAACCCCCAGCCCAAUGGACAAACGACUACGAAGUAAUGGGCGGCGACACGGAAUGGGGUCCGGAAGGCAAUGUCCUUCGAAUGAUCACAGUCUUCGGCAUUGAGGGUGAAGUCAAGCCUCUUUUCGCAAUGGAUCCCGAUGCCGGGGAGGCCUUGUCUCUAUUUCAGGUUGGGGAUGGUGGAUUCUAUUUCUUUAAUAUCGAGGAUUCGUCGAUAUUUAAGAUUACCAGCCAUUCCGAUCUUCGGUCCAUUGUUGAGACUAUUGACGAUGAGAGUAAGGGGCUUGCUGGGCUUAGAGUUGAGGCGUUAUAGGAUGGGUUCCAACGAGUUAGUUACUAGAUUCUGGGUGGAAUGGUGUUGCUGAGGAAUUGAUACUUCUGUG